ACCCUGGCCUCGCUCACGUCGCCAUGGUCACGCCCUCCUCCUCGUGCUGGUCAGGGCGUUCAGGUGUUACAACAAUGGCGGGCGCCGGGCGGGUCCUGAGGCCCUCGCCGACCUUUCUGCUGCUGCUUCGUCUCCUUCUUCUCCUCCUCGCGGGGGCCGCCUGCACAGCAGAUGGGGAAACUGAGGCUCAGGGAAGCGAGGUUGGGGGGGGCUUCCGGCUGGGCCUGCCCUUCGCCCAUCACAUGGUGCUGCAGCGGGAGCCGCCCGGCGCCGUCAUCUGGGGCUAUGGGCGCCCCGGGGCCCACGUCACUGUCACCCUGCGCCGCCAUCCGCACCGCCAAGCCCUUGCCGUCAAGGACACCCGCGUCCGAGAACCCAGUGGCACCUGGUUGGUGGUGCUGGACCCCAUGGGACCCGGGGGUCCGUACGAGCUGGUCGCAGAGCAGACCCUCGGGAGAAACCAGACCACCCGCCGGACCGUACGCGAUGUCUACUUCGGCGACGUCUGGCUGUGCGGCGGGCAGAGCAACAUGGAGAUGACCGUCUCCCAGAUCUUCAAUGCCAGCAAGGAGCUGUCGGAGGCGUCGGCCUACCCAGACGUGCGCAUCUUUGCGGUGUCCCUUGCCCAGGCGGAGCAGGAGCUGGAGGACCUGGAGGCCGUCGACCUGCCCUGGUCCAUCCCCACCGCGGAGAAUCUGGGCCACGGGGAUUUCCAGUACUUCUCGGCUUUGUGCUGGCUAUUCGGCCGGCAACUGUACGACAGCCUGCACUACCCCAUCGGGCUGGUGGCCUCCUCGUGGGGUGGGACGCCCAUCGAAGCCUGGUCCUCCCCGCGGUCCCUGCGGGAGUGUGGGCUCUCCCAGGGAGGCGCCAGGCCCGCCGCCUCCGCCGGGCCCUCUGCCGCCUCGGUGCUCUGGAACGCUAUGAUCCACCCGCUGCUCAACAUGACCCUCAAAGGGGCCAUAUGGUACCAGGGAGAGGCCAACACCGUCCUCAACACCGACCUAUAUAACUGCACCUUCCCCGCCCUCAUCCGAGACUGGCGCCAGGCUUUCCACCAGGGCUCCCGGGCUCAGACGUCACCUCUCUUCCCCUUCGGGUUUGUGCAGCUGUCCACGAUGGUGGAGAGCCGGGAGGCGGCCGACGGCUUCCCCCGCGUCCGCUGGCACCAGACGGCCGACUUCGGCUUCGUCCCCAACCCGCGGAUGCCCAACACCUUCAUGGCCGUCGCCAUGGACCUCGGCGACCCGGACUCGCCGUUCGGCAGCAUCCACCCCCGCGACAAGCAGACGGUGGCCUACCGGCUGCAGCUGGGGGCCCGCGCCGUGGCCUACGGAGAGAAGGGUCUGUUGUUCCAGGGCCCCCUGCCCGCCAAGCUCGAGGUCUGUGAGCGCCAGCGGCUGCUCAACGUCACCUACGGCCAGGACCUGCGGCUGGUGCUGUGGGACGACCGCAUCUUUGAGAUCUCGUGCUGCAGCACCUCCGACCCCUCCGGGGCCCGUCUCUGCAAGUGGAUCCCGGCCCCCAUGGUCUCCGCCCCGUCUCCCCGCUCCCCUCGGACGCUGACCCUGUCGGUGGCCGCCUGCCCCGGUGCCGUGAGCGGUCUCCGCUACGCCUGGUCCACUUGGCCCUGUGCCUACAAGAAGUGCCCUCUCUACCACCCCCAAAGUGAGCUGCCCGCCCCCCCGUUCACCGCUACUCUGCCCCGCUAGCAGGCCAACGGCGUCCAGACCGGACGGACGGACGUGGACGGGUGGUCCGGAGCCCAUUUCUGAGGGAAGAGGUAGGGCCUUCACGCCACACGGGGUGACCCCGUGAACGUCAGAAGCCCCUCAACCCAUACUGGCCUGUCCUCAGUUCCGGCUCUGGUUGAGCCCCCGGGACCCAGAAGUGGGAGAGCGUGGGCCGCUUUUAGCUCUGACGGCUCAACCUGCUUCCACCUGGAAAUCAAGGGUCAGCAAGGAACAUUUAUUCACUAGAAAAACAUUUAAAACACUCCUCCCUCUUUCCCUCCUGCCUCCGCCUUUCCCUCUCCGAGGGGGGUCAACAACAACCCGAUCGAUAAAGGUGUUGAAGGGGUGCCCGCCCCCUCCCCGG